AUGCACAAGCUAAAUCUCCUACCUUUGUUCUUUUUUCUGGCAGCUGGGACUGCCAAGACUAGUAGCCAACUUAUCGAUUCUUCCACCCCAGAGGUGGCAGACUGUCGUGCUCGACCUUGGGUGAGAGCUCCAGAUCUAACUCCCGGACAUGUGCUGCAAGGAGAUGUGAAGGUGAGGCUUGACGGGCUUUGCCCGGAUGUCGAGAAACUCGUACUUGGACUGCGUUUUAAAGAGCGGGCGUUUCUCAGGGUUUUACAACCUGGAAUGCAGCGUCCUAGACCGGUGUCGGAAUGCCCUUUUAGUGGGCCCCUUCGUGGUGUUUUGUGUCCAGAUAUUGGAGUUGUCAAUGACACUGAACUAGAAAUUUGGGAGGAUCGCCUUCUUAACGACACAGUGUGGACAAUUUAUGAAGAAGAGAGGAUUGCCUUCGAGGUCAAACACGUCCUGAAACAACCCCAGUACAGCGAUGCAGGACAGAUUUCUGAACUCAUACAAGAAUUUGGUCUUCUUAUCCCCAACACGAACUAUCCGCCUGGUUUAGACUAUAUAAACAGCUUUAGUGUGGGCGGGGAUGGGAAUGAUGUCGUCGAUGUUCAAUCCAUAUAUGAAUAUUUCACGGAGGUUCACUUUGGUAACGGAACGGUACAAGAGAUCCAGGCUGGUUUCACCUCAUUCAUACCGGCGUAUCCCAGCGUCGAUGGUGCUUCAGAGGUAGUAAACACGACGGCUAAGAAAUCCAAAUCGCCCCUUUACGGCGAUCAAAAUGGCAAUGACCCAAUGCGGAGCAACUUCACCGUAGAAGUCACCCUUCCUCCCAAGAGAACCUUUGUACAAGGCUUUGAUCAAGACGUCAACAUUGUGGUUCAUCGCACCGGUCUUGCAAACAGAGCCGAAGUCGAGCUUUUCAUCGACAUACAAGAUCUGCGUGUCCAAACCCUCGAAUCUGAACUUUUCGAAAUGUACGGCAAGGCAGGGAAUGAAUCUGGCGUAAAUUUACGCUAUCAUUUACGUGCUGAAUUCGACCGGGACUUGUUCGGUGCGUGGAACACGGACCACAUCCUCUCUCAAAGGUCAAAGGUCAAAUUCCCAACUCCAUCCGAGGAUGAGAUCGCAAACUCCGUUGUCAUCUCCACAUCUUCAGAGCCUAUUUCUUUGCCACUUCAUGUGGACGAUCAGGCAAUUCCCGACUUCGCGACUUAUUAUCAAAGGCUGAAAAGCCAGCUCUUACUGGUUCUCAAUCUGCGUGAGGAAGUUUUAGAAGAAAUUGAUCCCGAUGAGGACGACUGGGUUCCUCGGUCGAAGGGUUAUGUUAUGGAUGGAAAACCAUUCCUCAGUCGACAUGAUCGUUUUGAUGUCGAUAUAUCAGUUGUCUCCCAGCCUUCUCCUUAUCUUUCCGACAUCACGCCUGUUCACUAUCUAUCAGAAGAUGCUCGAACGCCUGUGUUCGUAGAUGAAUCCGCUAUCAAUGGCUUGCUUGCGGAGUCCACAGUACAACGAGACUCCAUGGCUCCUCUUGCGCAGCCCCGGAUGUGCGAGCGAAAGGGCGGAACAGAGGUCUCGAGUGGAUAUUAUCCCGAAGGCUCUUUUCCGAUCUACGUUGGGUGGACAUGGUCGAAGAAGCUUAACAAGGACCAGAAGAAGAAUCGUGAAGCUCAUCGCAAUCCGUUGCUGGUUCAAUCAUAA